AUGGAAGAGAGAAUUGAAACGGUUUCGAUCUCAGCAGUGAAUACAACGCAGUUUCAACGUUUCUGUGAUCAUGUCAACACUUCCCUAGUGUCUUUGCCAUAUAACGGACACAUACCAAAACACGACAUUGAUUUCUAUCAUUGGAAUGCCGACGCUGCUGAAAUUAAUCACCAACAACGAAAAGACAUUAAUAUAUAUCUGAAUCGCCACCUUAAACCCAAACUUCCUGAAGGAGUAAUUAUUUUCGAUGUUUCUAGUAAAAGAGAUCUUCUUAAUAUAACCAAGAAUCCGCUCUUUCCGUUUAACGUCCGCGGUGGAACUAAUCUUAUAUUGGUUGAGAAAGCCGCUGUUGAGACUGGACUUAUUCAAGCAGGAAUACGUGCAAUUAUAGUAUUGAAGAAGAACGUGCAAGACAAUCAUUCCAAACAAGCUAUUUUCGAAAUGCUUAUAGCAGAUCUUUGUGUAUCCGAUGAAAUUAGAGUCAUUGGAGUAUUGACAGACCUGGUAAAUACAUGGAACUUUUACUGGAUAGAAAAGGAAAGAACAAUUAAAUCGAUGCAUUUGUCGCAUCGUGGGAAAGCGCUUGAUUUAAUUGGCCAGCUAGCGAGCACCACUCAGAAAAGAGAGUCAAAAAAUCCAACUAUCGGAAGAAAUAUAGUGUAUCGUGAGAAAGUUAAAUACGCUUUUCCCGUAAAGAAUGACUAUGACAAUGAUAUAGCCCGAAUAGAGGAUCUUUAUGACGAUAUGAGUAUGGAAGAGAUACGAGAAUAUGAAAUGCGCAAAAUAAUUAGUAGUAUAAUCCAAGGUAAUCCAAUAUUUUCGGAUUUGUUUGAUAAUAGCAGUCAGAUAAAUUGCUUGUUGUGA